UCAGUUGUUGUGUACGGAAGUGUUCAGACCGGAACCUUUUUGCCGUCUUCAACCAAGUUUCUUCCCGGACAAAGUUUUCUUUCCCUCUUAGAGGACUCGCACGGUUCCGACCCGCGCCAUGGAAGGCCCCCCCGCGUUGCAGCGGGCGGGGAGCGGACCCAGGACGUGGAUCACAGCGGCGCUGUCGGUCGUGGGUUCGGCUGUGGCCGUGGCCGCCGUGGGCUGCCUGUGCGCGCUCUUUUACCCCAUCUUCAGAGAGCUGAGAGCCGGGACGGUGAGAGGAGAAAACGGGACGAAGGAGAAGAUCCUGGGGUUCUGGAGCAUCCUGGUGCUGUCGCUGUUUGGGGGAUGCGUCUGCUGGCUGGUCUCCUGGACUCUGACCCACCUGCACAGGCACCAGCCCCGCAUGGCGUUCCCAACGGCAGCGUCGCUCACAGGCUUCAGAGAUGUGUCUGGACAUGCCGUCUGCAUGGAUUAUGGGAUGGCUUUUCUCAACGGGGUCAUGGGCAUGCUCACGGUCGUCUGGUGCUUGUCAUGACCAAGAAGGUUUCUGAGCCAAGCAGAGGGUCCGGGUUUGGACCAUGUCUCUGCCGGUCAUUCUGCCUCGGUUUCUGUCAAAUCCUAGUUUUUAUGGAUCCCGUUUAUCGAAAAUGGACUUUAUUUCAGAAGAUAUUCAUGUUUUCACAUUGGAAAAUCAAAUAAAACGAAUCUGAUGUAAUCAUC